AUGGGGACCUGUCGGAGGAGAGUUCUGGGGGUAUGGUUUUUCUUCUGGUUCUUGUUGGCAUUUGAGCAGUGCGCAUCCCUGAAUCAUGAAGGUGCUGCUCUGCUGAGAUUUAAGGCAGCGAUCGAUGCGGACCCAUAUGGUGCUUUGUUGGACUGGGAUGAAGAGAGUUUGAAGCCCUGUUCUUGGUUUGGUGUGGAGUGCUCCGAUGAUGGACUAGUCAUGGCCCUGAGCUUAGCAAAUCUUGGUCUAAAGGGUGUUUUAUCUCCAGAGCUUGGAAAGCUUAUGCAUAUGAAAUCUCUAAUUCUGCACAACAACUCGUUCUAUGGUAUCAUACCUAGAGAAAUAGGAGACCUACAGGAUCUAAAGAUGUUGGAUCUGGGAUAUGAUAAUUUCAGUGGACCAAUUCCAUCAGAGCUACAAAACAUAUUAUCCCUAGAAUUUCUAUUUCUUAAAGGUAACAGCCUUUCUGGGUGUUCACCAGGUGGAGUACAACAGCUCACUAGGAUAUGUGAACCUGAAAAUCAAGUACCUAUCCCUACCACAAGGAUUGCUACAAUCAAAAUCAGAAGACUGUUAGUGAGCAAACGAAAAGAUUUUGAAAUGAUCAAUAUUACGGAUCCAAUAAGAUCACCCAACGACAUGGGUUUUCCGUGGAAUUCUCCAGCAGCACCAUCUCCUUCUGAACCCAUUCCACCCCCUCCUGCACCACCAAGCCAAGAGAACAAGAACAAAAGUUCUGUAACAAUAUAUGCAUCGAUUGGAGCAGUUAUUGUUUUUUUGGUGGCGGCCUCUUCAGCACUAUGUUUCUUUUACUGCUGCCGCAAGAAGACUAGCACCGUUGUACCCUUGUCUGCAAACAGUUCAAGCAGGCAAUUACAGACCACUACCAUGGAAGGUGUACGCUGCAAUACUGCUUGCUUCAAUGCACAAACAGAACCUAUGGUCCUCUUCUAA